AUGCGUUUGCGCCACAAGGCUGAACUUCGCGGAAUCGACCUAAAGACCUUUUCAAGCCUCGACAAAUCAAUAUCGCUCGAUAUUCGCCAUCCUCUCCUUCAACCCCGAAGCCGCGACGAAUUCGAAAUUGCGAUAAUCUGCGCUCUGCCCGUUGAGCGAGAUGCCGUAGAAGCUUUACUGGAAGUCGAGUACGAGACAGAUGGACUCUCGUACAGAAAAGCCGAAGGAGAUAUGAAUACAUACACCACAGGGCGUUUGGGAAAUCAUCACGUGGUUUUGGCAUACAUGCCAGGCAUGGGUAUGGUGUCGGCGGCUGCCGUCGCUUCCAAUCUUCGCAUCAGCUUCAGAAACAUCAAAUUGGGCAUCGUGACUGGUAUUUGUGGAGGGGCUACAGAGACUACUGCAGGAGCGGAGAUUUUGCUUGGAGAUGUCAUUGUUAGCACCUCGGUAACCCAGAUAGACUUUGGUCGGCAAUAUCCGCAUCGGUUCAUUAGAAAGAAAGAGGUGGAGGACACUGUUGGACGAGGUAGUCAUGAAAUCCGUGCAUUUGUUGAAAAGAUGUCAGAAUACCUCGUGUCUACAAGGCUGAGGGCCAAAACCAAUAGUUACUCUUCCGAGAUUUGUUCUCGAAGGGAGUUUCUUAAAUCAGCAUACCCGGGACCCGAGAAAGAUCAAUUAUAUCCGGCUGGCAUGCCUCACAGACAUUGGGAGCAAGGCGUCUGUCCUAUUUGCGACAGUUGCAAUACAUCUGGUGAUGAUGUGUGCGAAAAGGCACUGAGAACGUCCUGCAAGGAGUUAGGCUGUGAUAGAACAAAACUCGUGCAGCGUUACCGUCUCCGAGAGGCAGUAGGGACGAGGUUCUCUGAGAACCAACUCUUGACUGCUGAAAUGCAAGAUGCACGAAAAGCUAGCAUCCACUUUGGUCGAAUAGCAUGUGGUAACCAGAUAAUUAAAAGUGGGCAGGAUCGGAUUCGAAUCGCUACGGAAGAAGGAGUGAUUGGAUUUGAGAUGGAGAGUGCAGGAACGUGGGACUAUAUCCCAACGAUUGUCAUCAAAAGCGUAUGUGAUUACGCGGAUAGUCACAAAGAUAAGCACUGGCAAGCAUAUGCUGCAACUACGGCGGCUGCCUGUACCAAGGCCGUCUUGGAAGAGUGGAGAGGCGUAGAUAAACCCGCUCAAAAUCUAAUCAACCAGGGGUUACAGGUCUGUGGCGGUUGGUAUCUUCAUUAUUCCGCCGACUACUUACAAACACGAAUCUAA